AUGGCGCGGGCGGCGGGGAGGCGGCGGCGCGGCGUCCGCGCGCGGAGGCUGUUGCGCUCAGAGCACCUGCGCCCGCGCUCCGUAGCGCCGCUCGCCGUGUGCUCAGUCCCCGCGCCCGCGCCUGGCCGCGCCGCCCGCAGCCCGAGCCGCCGCCCCCGGCCACGGUACGUGACCCUCCGCUGGCGCGUCGGGGUCGGUCGACUGCGCGUUCCUCACUGCACCGCGCCGCUUGACGCUUGCUGGCGUACUCGCUUAAGCAGCUCGGCCGGUUUUGUGAAUUUGCCGGGCGAGCUGUGA